AUGCCUACCAUGGACGAGGUCAAGGAAGGGGUUUUCUCGAUAAACCCAGAAAGUGCACUAGGCCCGGAUGGUUUAAAUGCUCUAUUUUAUCAAGCAAGCUGGACAAUUAUUGCUAAAGAGGUGCAUGAGGCAGUGGUGCCCUUUUUCGAAGGGGAAAAUAUUCCAAAGUUCUUUACUCAUACAUGUCUAGUAAUGAUACCAAAGGUGGAUUUCCCGCAGCAUUUGACAGAUCUAAGACCAAUAAGCUUGUGUAAUGUAUCUAGCAAGAUCUUUGCAAAAAUGCUAAAUGCAAGGCUGCCAAAAGUCGUCUCUAUCAACCAGUCGGGUUUCAUAAAGGGAAGAUUUAUCUCGGAAAACAUCCAACUUGCCCAGGAAAUCAUCAAAAACAUCAAGAAACCACAGAAAAAAUGGAAUGUGGUAAUGAAACUAGACAUAGCAAAGGCAUACGACAGGGUUGCAUGGCUGUAUCUAUACAGCUUAAUGGAGAGACUAGGGUUCUCUAAGGAAUGGAUCAGUCUAAUUAAGAGGCACAUCUCUAAUAAUUGGUAUUCCUUGAUUGUAAAUAGACGGAGAUAUGGGUUCUUCAAGUCGGAGAAUGGCCUGAGGCAAAGAGAUCCUAUUUCUCUCUCUCUAUUUGUCCUUAGUGCGGAGUUGCUAUCCAUCAUGUUGAAUAACUUGCAAGAAAGAAGAGGAUUCACAGGAUUUCAAAUGUGUAAACAGGGCCCUUUGAUAAACCACUUGGAGUUUGCGGAUGACCUAAUUCUAUUUUCUAGUGGCAGGAGAAAGACAAUCAACAUGAUCAUGAGAACGCUGGCCGAAUAUGAAACUGCUCCCGACAAAAGGUGA